AUGUCCGUCGAUGAAAUUCACACGCUAAGAAACGUUUCAUCACUGUUGUGUAGCUCAGCUGUUCAAAAAGAACCCUUUGAAGCUGUUAUACCGUCAUUAAGCUCGAUAGUGCUAAAGUCAUCGCAUGAUUCGAAGUAUCGUGAGUUUUUGGCUCAAAACAAAGAAGUUUGGCAUAUGAUUGUUGAAUGUGCUAGGCUGAAAGAAUAUGACAACGAUUUUGGGGGGAACCAAGAACUGCGCUUCUGGUAUCUGCGAACUUUCCGGGGAUUGGUAAUCUUGGCAAGAAACCUGAGUGCAUCGAAUAACGAGAUUCCCCAAGAAGCCAUGCUACUAGACCAUUUUGUGAAAGAUUUCAAUUUGCUAUCUAGAAGUUCCCAGUAUGAUGAUAUGGAGGUGAGUUUGUUCAAGGUUGUCGCUGAGUUUUCCUGUAAUGUGACCACGAAGUCUGUCAUCUUUGACAAGACUUGCAUGAAAGACAUAGCGCAAUUUUUAUGCUACUCGAUCGAACAAGUUGAUAGAGAUGACCUCGUUCUUCCGCACACAAUGCUACUUCGAAAUUUGGUUGGUAACAGCGACUUUGUUUACUACUUUUUGAAAACCCAGCAGGCCUCAACGAUUCUCUACGAUUUUAUGCUUCAAACGGUAUGCCAAGGACAUACCGAGAUUCCUCAAGUGAUAAGCGGAGAUCAAAUUGCAGAAAAAGAGCUUUCAGUGCUGGGUGGAUUGGUAAUAUCCGUAUUCAGGACAAUAUGUUCACACGAAUCCUUUGCACCAUACUUGGCCCUUGUAGAGGAAUCCGAUGAGGAAAAAUUCUUAGACUUCAUGAAGCUUCUUCGUCUAAUAAUUACCAGCUCUCAAACCUGGGAUAACUUUCAAUUGACAGGAAUUAUGGCAUGGUGUUUCCCGCUAUUGGAAAAAGUGGCCUCUGACGUGAAGGAAUACUUUAAGAACAAUCAUGAAAAUCAAGAGCGUGCAACACUCCUCCAUGAUAAACUCAUAAUUAUACUAGACAUGUUGACGACUUUGGCCCAAUACGAGCAUGUGCGAAAGUUUAUGGAUUUUUAUCGAGGAUUAGAGGUGUUAGUCGAGCUUUUACAUCUAUUCCAAGCCAAGCUUUUGAGGCUAAACAUACUAAGGCUCACGAGUCAAAACUCCACGUCUUUAAAGGUCUCUAAUAGCAAUGGAGUACAGAUAUCGGACAGCGCUGUGAUAGCUUCACGCUUCGAUUCUGCCACCGGAAAAAUCAAAGCUACAAACUUCCCGGAAUGCAAACUAUUGAUCGUCGAGAUACUUUGCUUUCUUGCAUACAAUAAUAGAGAAGUUCAGGAUAAAAUGCGUGAACUUCAAGGUUUAGAAGCCGUACUCAGCAAUUGCGUUAUCGACGAUAAUGAUCCAUUCAUUAAAGAGCGAAGUAUUAUGUGUAUAAAGAUGCUACUUCAAGACAAUGCAGAGAACCAAAAGAUUGUCGCCCAACUGGAAUCAAAGAGUCCAGUUAAUGAUGAUGUCUUAAGCUCCGCUGGAUAUGAGGUCAACGUUGGUAAAGAUGGCAAAAUUCAGAUCGCAUCUACUGCAAAACCAUAA